GGAUUGCGAUGGCUGCAGUACGUCCGCCGCACCGCUGGGGGCCAGCGCGGACUGACCGAAGAGUCUGAGCGAGAGACAGUGGGAUACCGAGCCGUGCGGAGCGAGGACGCGGGACAUCCCCGAGCCCGGAAUCAACAUGUUUCCAUCUCUGUGUUACGACCAUGCAGCUAAGCCCAGUCCUGAUGAUGGGGGUGGCCUUGUGCCUGGGGUAUGGCCAGCCCUUGCCACAGGCUCCUGAUCACCCCUUCUAUGUGAUAUGGAACGUACCCUCAGCACGCUGUAAGGCCCACUUUGGUGUGCACUUACCACUGAAAGCCUUGGGCAUCAUAGCCAACCAUGAACAGCUUUUCCAUGGCCAGAACAUCUCCAUCUUCUACAAGAACCAGCUUGGCCUCUAUCCCUACUUUGGGCCCAGAGGCACAACUCACAAUGGGGGUAUCCCCCAGGCUGUGUCCCUAGUUCUCCACCUGGCACAGGCUGCACACCAAAUCCAUCAUAGUCUAGGACCCAGCUUUGCUGGCCUAGCAGUGCUAGACUGGGAGGAGUGGUAUCCUCUCUGGUCUGGGAACUGGGGCCGCCGCCACACCUACCAGGCAGCCUCCCGGGCUUGGGCACAGCAGGUAUUCCCUGACUUGCACCCUCAAGAGCAGCUCCACAAAGCCCGUGCUGGCUUUGAACAGGCAGCCCGCGCACUGAUGGAGAACACACUGCAGCUGGGCCAGACACUGCGACCCCAUGGACUCUGGGGCUUCUAUCGUUACCCAGCCUGUGGCAAUAGCUGGCAUGGUACAGCUUCCAACUACACAGGCCACUGCCAUGCAGCCACCCUUGCCCGCAACACCCAAUUGCAUUGGCUCUGGGCUACCUCCAGUGCUCUCUUCCCCAGCAUCUAUCUCCCACCCAGGCUACCGCCUGCUCACCACCAGGCCUUUGUUCGACACCGCCUGGAGGAGGCCUUUCGUGUGGCCCGUGCUGGGCACACACAUCCUCUGCCCGUCCUGGCAUAUGCCCGCCUCACACUCCGGAAGUCUGGGAGGUUCCUGUCCCAGAAUGACCUGGUUCAGACCAUUGGUGUGAGCGCAGCACUGGGGGCAGCCGGCGUGGUGCUCUGGGGAGACCUGAGCUUCUCCAGUUCUAAGGAGAAGUGCUGGAGUCUCCAUGACUACCUGGUGAGCACUCUAGGCCCCUAUGUGAUCAAUGUGACCAGAGCAGCCACAGCCUGCAGUCUCCAGCAGUGCCAUGGCCAUGGGCGCUGUGCCUGGCAAAACCCAGGAAAAAUGGAAGCCUUUCUGCACCUGCAGCCAGAUGGCAGCCUUGGAGCUUGGGAGUCUUUCAGCUGUCACUGUUACUGGGGCUGGACUGGCCCUACCUGCCAGGAGCCUAGGCCUGGGCCUAAGAAAGCAGUAUAAAGCCAGGAGUCCCUGUUCCUACCUAUUCUUGUCCCUGCUGCCACUUUCCUAGUCCUGGAGGAACUCCCCCUUUUGCUCUAUUCAGCUUACAAUCAAUACCUUCCCAAGCACACACUUUUGCUCCCACUUCCCUUGGGAUCUCUGAGGGGUGGAAAGGGCCAGAAAAAACGCUUAUAAAACCAAAGUCCUCUGAGA